AUGUUGUUCGGGGGCUGCGGCUCUGGGGCGGCGGGCGCUGCUCCUGCUGCUGCUGCUGCUGCUGCUGCUGCUGCGGGCAGGGGCCCCCCGCUGCGCUCCGCGCUGCAGAGCGCAAUGAGGGGCCUCAGCUACGUCGGGGCCGAAGGACUUUCUGAAGAAGAGGCGGAGAGAAUUUGGAUUUAUUUGCGAGAGGCUUUUGGCCAGAUCUUUCGGCACAACGCCGCUUCGCUUUCCUUCGAGGAGCUCUACCGGUACGCGUACACGCUGGUGCUGCACAAGCGGGGCCAGAAGCUGUACGAAGGAACUUACUUGUGCGUGCAGCAGCACUUGGAAACUGUUGCAGAAGAAAUUCGAAACGAAAAAGAUGAAACAGCUUUCAUGGAGGCCCUCAUCAACAGUUGGAAACACCACUCCGUUAAUAUGCGGCUCGCCAGCGACGUUUUGAUGUAUCUCGACAAGAACUUCGUGCCCAGCCACGGGCUGACUCCGGUGUACACGAUGGGUUUGAAUUUGUUUUUUCUUUUUGUUUUGAAAGACAAAUUCAUCAGACCCAGGUUUCGCGCCUUUCUCAUGGAAAAGAUCAAACAGUACAGAGACGCGGAGGGGGAGGGCGUGGAGCUGGGUCUGGUGCGGGGCUUUGUGGAAUUACUUUCGAAUUUGUCUUUUAAUUUGAGCCGGCCAGUUUACAAAGAAGAAUUCGAAAAUCUUUUUUUGAAAGAAACGAAAAACUAUUAUUCCAAAGAGGCCCAGCAGUGCGCCCAAAACUCCACCGUCGCCGAGGCAGAACUACCGCUGGACUUGUCAGUAGUAUUUGCUGCGGGUCGCCGCAGCAGCAGCGCGGAGCCCCCGACAGACACUUUCACCUACAGCAGCAGCAGCAGCAGCAGCAGCAGCAACGGCGGCAGCUGCGUGUUGGGUGAGUCCCCAACGGAGGUGUCGGAGUACAUCCAGCAGCACCUGCAGGGCUUCCUGCUGCUGCUGCUGCAGCUGCUGCAGCCGCGGAAUUCCCUGUUUCAGCCCGAAGGAGAAAUGCUGCGCCAUUUGCUGCGGCACCAACUCAUGAGGGGCCCCCAGCCCCACAGCGCGCUGCAGGACAUUAUUUGCUGGCCCUACAGGCAGCAGCAGCAGCAGACGCAGCUCGUUGACGAGGUCCUAGCUGAGAUCAGCAGCUACAGAGCAGCAAAAGACAUGGCCCCGGGGCAGUUUGUGCUGCUGCCGCAGCAGUGGCAGUACUAUGACCCUCACUGCAGCUUUUUUUCGUGGGCAGAGUACGAGCAGCUGGAAGAAGAAUUUGCUGCUGCAGCGAAACAAAACAAGUUGCUGCUGCAGCAGUGGCUGCCUCCGGCGCCGCUGUCGCCGCCGCUGCCUCAGGUGUACAGACAGGGCUUCUUCAGAUUUGCGCUGAGUGCAGCAGUCCGCUGCGUGGUCUUUUUGCUGCUGCUGCAGCAGCUGCUGCUGCAGCAGCAGGACUCCAGGUACCUCUACCUCACUCUUUCCCUGCUGCUGCGCCUCAUGGCCCUCGAGGCCCAGGCGCAGCAGCAGCUGCCUCCCGAAGAGCUGCAGCGCCUGCAGCAGCGGCAGCAGCAGCAAGACGCCCUUGUCGCCUUCUUCCGCGCGAACCCACGCAUUGCCAGGAGCCUGGCAGCAGCAGCAGCAGCCCACCAGCAGCAGCAAGCAGCAGCAGCAGCAGCAAGCGCUGCUGCUGGCGAGUCCCCCUCCUUCCCCUCCGCCCAGACCCCCACCCCCGCCGCGGCCCCCAGCAGCAGCAGCCCCAGCAGCAGCAGCAGCAGCAGCAGCAGCAGCAGCAGCUUGAGCGAGAGCACGCUGGCUGCUGCAGUGGAAGCAGCAGAACUGGGGCUGCUGAGUGUGGAGGCCUCGCGGCUAGAUGUCUUAAAUGCUUCGCGGUGGGUCGGCAGCAGCAGCACGGAGUUGCUGCUGCGCUGCUUCACUCUGGUGCAUGCAUGGACUGGGGCGGGGCCCGAGGAGGAGAGCAGCUUCCGCAGCAGCAGCCACGCGGCCCUCGACCUCAGCAGCAGCAGCAGCAGCAGCAGCAGCAGCAGCAGCGGGGGGGGCGAGGAGCUGCUGCACGAGGUGGCUGUCGAAGACGCGGACAUCAUGGGGCUCAUUCGCUUUGGAGCCAAGGGGACGAACAGCAGCAACCAAAGGCAACAGCAGCAGCAGCAGCAGCAGCAGCAGGAAGAGCAGCAGCAGCAGGAGUCAAGUGCUGCGGCUGCUAUUGCUGCUGCAAGGCGCGCAAGGGAUGCGUUCGUAUACUCAAGGCGGCAAGCCGCAGCUGCUGACCAGAGAGAUCAGCAGCAGCAGCAGCAGCAGCAGCAGCGGGAGCUGCCAGAGCCCAUGGACGCUGAGGAAGGUGGGCCUCCUCCUUUCGCUUCUCCUACGGGAAGGGAGCAGCGGCAGCAGCAGCAGCAGCAGCAGCGACGUUUCGGUCCAUCGCAGCAAGACCCGCAGCAGCAGCAGCAGCAGCAGCAGCAGCGGGAAGCAGCAGCAGCAGCAGCAGACAGCGAGAGGUUUGCUGCUUGGCUGCGGCGGCGGUUGCGGCUGUUUUCUGCGUGGCCGCUCAACAGCAAAGUGACAGAGGGACUUCUUGAGUGUCUUCCGCCAGAGACGAGGCAGAGCAGCAGCAGCAGCAGCAGCAGCAGCAAUCCUCCAACCCUAGUGCAGAUAUCUGACACUGGGGUGGUGCUGCAGGACCUCACGGAGCAGCAGCAGCAGCAGCAGCAGGGGAUCCCAGACCCGAUCGACCUCGCGAGCGAAGCCUACGAGAAGUACUUGGGAGGUGUGCAGCAGCAGCAGCAGCAGCAGCAGGAACAGGAGCAGGAGCAGGAGAAGGAGCAGGAGCAGCAGCGGGAGCAGCAGAAAGUAGAGGCGGGCACAGUCGGCAGCAACAGACUCUCGCCGGAUUCUCCAUCAGCAGCAAACAGCCCGAUUUACUCGGGCGCUGCUGCUGCUGCUUCUGCUGCUGCUGCUGCUGCUGCUGUCCCUGAGGCAGAGUGGCUGUGGAGCCGCAUAUUUCUUCAGGAAGAGGACAGCAGCAGCAAAAUAGAAGAACGCGGCCAAGAGCUGGAACAGCAAGGCCCCCAGGAGUUCGAAGCAAGACUUCUGCGGCGGACGCUGCAGCUGCUGGGCCUGGCGACGGAGCGGCAGCAGCAGCAGCAGCAGCAGCACGGGGAGGCAGCAGACGCGGAGAACAGGCGGCGAACGCAGCAGCAGCAGCAGCAGCAACAACGGGCCCAAGACAUUGAGGUCAUAAGGCUGCGGGAGCGCAUCCUGGAGGCAGCUGAAGACACCAGCAGCAUCAGCAGCAGCAGCAGCAGCGACAGCAACAGCAGCGGCUCUCCGAGGAUCCCCGAGGACGGCGGAGAGCCAGCAGCAGCAGCAGCAGCAGCAGAGCCUCUAAGGAGAGGAAGCAGCGACCUGACUUCGUUGUCUGGCACGAGCUCUUUCUCGCGGAGAGACAGCAACAGCAGCAGCAACAGCAACAGCAGCAGCAACAGCAGCAGCAGCAGCGCCGCGCCUUCGCCUGCAGUCUCGCGUCUGCUGGACCCGGACACAGCCGCGUCUGCUGCUGCUGCAGCAGCAGGUGAAGAGGAGGCAGCAGCAGGAGCAGCAGCAGCAGCAGGUUCCCCCGCCUCCGACGCAGCAGCAGCAGGUGCCCCUGGCGCGGCCGCAACAGCUGAGCCGGCGGCAGCAGCAGCGACCCCAGCAGCCCCAGCAGCAGCAGCAGCAGCAGCAGCAACCCCAGCAGCAGCAGCAGCAGCAAGAGGCCAAGCCCGAGACCCCAGCCACUCUGUGGGGGCUUAUAUUUUCCAUGUUAUGCUAGCAGGGACUCAGGGGGUGCAGCGGCCGCUGCUGUCGCUGCAGCAAGUUGCUGCUGGUGCUGCUGCUGCAGUGCAGGCCAACCGCGCAGCAGCAGCAGCAGGCGUGGAGGACCCCGCAGACCUCGUCACGCGCGCUGCUGCUGCUGCUAUUGCUGCAGCAGCGCCAGCAGCAGCACAGACUCCGCAGCAGCAGCAGCAGCACAAGGUCAUCUACCGCCGCUGCUCCAAAGCCCCCAAGGAGUUCCCCUUCGUCAUCAAAUUCAGUUUGCUGCAGGUGCUGUACGGCAUGCGGAAGAGCGCGCGGUUUGAGCCCCACUGGAGGCAGCUAGAUUGGGUGCUGCAGUCAGCAGCAAGAGAUCCCCGUGUUGCUGCUAAGCUGAAGGCUUGGAGGGCAGCAGCAGCAGCAGCAACAGCAGCAGCAGGCCAGGGGAGUCCUGCUGCUGCUGCUGCGAGCCAGGCAGCUGCAGGAACAGCAGCAGCGGAGGCAGAGGAGGCGCAGGCGGAAGAGGCUGCAGCAGCAGAUGCAGCAGCAGCAGCUGCUGUCUCCCCCAGCCGGAGUGGAGACUCCCAGCUGCAGCAGGAGCAGCAGCAGCAGCAAAUCUCAGAAGAUGCAGCAGAAGGCCGAGGCAGCGAAUGGCGAGAGGCGGCGCGGCGGCGGCAGGCGCUGGUGCUUGCUGCUUUCCGGAAGAAGCAAGACAGGUAA